GCUCCCAUUCUUCCAACUAGGGGCUAAAUGACCUUUCUAUGUGCUGCAGAGGGACUGUAUUUGUUUGGCAUGGCCACUUAUUACUUUGUAUUGUAAUUUUUUUUUUUUAACCUGUCUUUUUCUUCUGCUUUACUGUUAUAUUCCUCAAGGCCAGGAAACUUAACAAGCAGAGAACUUAGUGAAGCAUAAGACCCCUGAUCCAUUUGGAGUUUGUUCUUGUGUAUUCUUAUGGAGCAUAUUGCUGAAGCUGAAAGACAUGUUUAACUCUAAAUUUGGGUCCAUUCCCAAGUUUUAUGUUCGAGCUCCUGGAAGAGUCAACAUAAUAGGAGAGCAUAUAGAUUACUGUGGAUAUGCUGUUCUUCCUAUGGCUGUAGAACAAGAUAUGCUAAUAGCCGUGGAACCUGUGAAAACACAGACUAUCCGACUGAUCAAUACAAACCCCUUGUACCCAGACUUCAGUACUAGUGUUAAUAACAUUCAGAUCGACAAAACCAAGCCUCAAUGGCACAACUACUUCCUAUGUGGAUUUAAAGGAAUUCAGGAACGCUUCUGUCUUAGUAACCUGACUGGAAUGAAUUGCCUGGUAGAUGGAAACAUCCCACCGAGUUCUGGCCUCUCCAGCUCCAGUGCUUUGGUCUGUUGUGCUGGCUUGGUAACACUCACAGCACUGGGAAUGAGCCUGUCUAAGGUGGAACUUGCAGAAAUCUGUGCCAAAAGUGAGCGCUAUAUUGGCACUGAAGGAGGAGGCAUGGACCAGUCCAUAUCAUUUCUUGCAGAAGAAGGAACUGCCAAGUUGAUAGAAUUUAGUCCUCUGAGGGCAACUGAUGUGAAACUCCCAAGUGGAGCCGUGUUUGUGAUCGCCAACAGUUGUGUGGAAAUGAAUAAGGCGGCAACUUCUUAUUUCAAUAUCAGGGUGACAGAGUGUCGGCUGGCUGCUAAGCUCCUGGCUAAGUACAAAAGCCUGCAAUGGGAUGAAGUACUGCGGCUGGAAGAGGUACAAGCCAAACUAGGGGUCAGUCUGGAAGAAAUGUUGUUAAUCACAGAGGAUGCCCUUCACCCUGAACCCUAUAGCCCCGAGGAGAUCUGUAGUUGUCUGGAAAUUAGCUUGGAGGAACUCCGGACCCAAAUCCUGAGUCCAAACACUCAAGAUGUGCUCCACUUCAAACUCUACCAGCGCGCAAAGCACGUGUACAGCGAGGCAGCACGAGUCCUCCAGUUUAAAAAGAUAUGUGAGGAAGCACCUGACAACGUGGUCCAGCUGCUGGGGGAGUUAAUGAAUCAAAGCCAUGUGAGCUGCCGGGACAUGUUCGAGUGCAGCUGCCCUGAGCUGGACCAGCUAGUGGACAUCUGUCGGAAGUUUGGGGCUCAAGGGUCCCGACUUACUGGAGCAGGAUGGGGAGGCUGCACGGUGUCAAUAGUACCUGCUGACAAGCUGUCCAGCUUCCUAGCAAAUGUGCAGGAAGCUUAUUACCAGAGGAGUGAUCGAAGCUCAGCACUCGGGACGCAGAGUUUGUUUGCUACAAAACCUGGAGGCGGGGCUUUGGUUUUCCUUGAGGCCUAAACAAUGUAAAACAUCUCAGAGAAACUAUUUAGGGCAUUUAAGAACUGGCAGGACUUCCUGUGCCACAGUAAUUUAAUCCUCUUUCUGUUUUGUAUUAUGAUGAACGGUUGCUAUUAUCAAGAUGUAUUUCCAAACAAACGGUUAAAAGCUCUCUAUGCUUCGUAAUGACUAUUUUUCCAUCUUAAAAUAUGUUUUCUACUAAUAAAAGCCAAGAUUAUGCUUCGACAGAUCUUUUAAGGAUGAUUUACUGAGAUUUAUUGAUUUGACGGUUUUUGAAGAUGAAUAGUACAACAAUACUGACCUCUUCUCAUGAAUUGGACUUGAAUUAAAUACACUGCUACAAUUAAAUUGACAAAAUUGAAUUGUA